AUGUCCGCUGAACGCCUUUUCCAGCCACUCAAGGUGGGCUCUAUGGAGCUCAAGAACCGCAUUGCUAUGGCGCCUCUAACACGUUUCCGUGUUAACGACAACCACGAAAUCCUGCCCAUGGCCGCACAGUACUAUGGUCAGCGUGCUGUCGUGCCAGGAACUCUUCUCAUCACAGAAGCUACACUAGUUUCGAAACAAUCUGGUGGAUACCCCAAUGUACCCGGUAUCUACACACAAGCCCAGAUCGACGCAUGGAAACCGGUCACCAAGGCUGUGCAUGACAAGGGCUCGUACAUCUACCUCCAGCUUUGGGCCCUAGGUCGUGUAGCGAACAAGGAUUUUGCACAAGCAAACGACAUCACCAUCAAGUCUUCCAGCGCGACAUCCCUAGGCGAGGGCUACGCUACUCCCAAGGAGAUGACCGUCGAGGAAAUCAAGCAGAGUGUCUCUGACUACGCUCAAGCAGCUAAGAACGCCAUUGAAGCUGGCUUCGACGGUGUAGAGAUUCACGCCGCGAACGGCUACCUCAUCGAUCAGUUCCUGCAGGAUACUUGCAACAAGCGCACAGAUUCCUACGGCGGCUCUGUUGAGAACCGCUCCAGGUUCGCCGUCGAGGUUACUCAAGCUGUUUCGGAAGCCGUUGGCGCGGACAAGACCGGUAUCCGGUUGAGUCCUUUCUCAGAGUUCCAGGGCAUGAAGAUGAAGGACCCUCUUCCCCAGUUUACAGACAUCAUGAAGAGACUGGACGCGUUCAACCUGGCCUACCUUCACCUUGUUGAGGCCCGCGUGGCUGGUAACGCCGAUGUUGAGGGAUCCGACUCUCUUGACCCCCUGCUGCCCCAUUACUCGGGCAAGCUACUCAUCGCUGGUGGACUCAAGGCUGAGGACGCGAAGAAGCUGGUCGAGGAGCACAAGGACCGUGACGUUGUAGCGGUAUUUGGACGAUACUUCAUCAGCACCCCCGAUCUUGUUUUCCGGAUAGAGAAGGGCAUUGAACUCAACCCUUACGACCGCGACACCUUCUACAUCCCCAAGAGUGAGAAGGGAUACGUUGAUUACCCUUACAGCAAGGAGUUCAAGGAGGCGCACCCAAACUUGUAG